CAGGCGGAGCCCUCAGUACGUUAGCACAACCUUGGCAAAACAACAGCCCCGUCUCCCUAUUUCCUGAUAGCACUAGCUAGCAAACUAGCUAAUAAUAAAGUGAAGGUGUAAAAUGUUUAACUAACAGAAACCGUUGUGUACUGUACCGUCGAUAUUGUCUUUAUUUUGGCGUGUGCGUACGCUGAAGGCGGCGCUAACCCGGAGCCGCACCGCUAUCGAGCUGACGCUGUACUGCCGUUAGCCGCAGCGCUGCUAGGUGUUUGUAACGUUAGCUAACAUCGGCGAUCUUGGCAGAGGAAGAUGGGGUCCAUCCUGAGUCGGAGAAUCGCUGGUGUGGAGGAUAUCGACAUCCAGGCCAACUCGGCCUACCGCUUUCCACCUAAAUCUGGAAAUUAUUUUGCAAGCCACUUUUUCAUGGGAGGAGAGAAAUUUGACACACCACAUCCAGAAGGAUAUCUUUUUGGGGAAAACAUGGACCUCAAUUUUCUUGGAAAUAGGCCUGUGCAGUUUCCAUAUGUGACUCCUGCACCCCAUGAGCCUGUGAAAACCCUCCGGAGUCUGGUCAACAUUAGGAAGGACUCUCUGCGGUUGGUCAGGUACAAAGAUGACUCUGACUCACCAGUGGAGGAAGGUGGGAAACCCAAGGUCCUGUACGGUGUGGAGUUCACCUUUGAUGCUGACGCCCGGGUGGCCAUCACCCUUUAUUGCCAAGCUUUUGAGGAAUUCUCCAAUGGGAUGGCAGUGUACAACCCUAAAGAUCCUGCAAUGGUCUCUGAAACUGUACACUAUAAGCGAGGGGUGAGCCAACAGUUCUCUAUGCCAUCAUUCAAGAUUGAUUUCAGCGAGUGGAAAGAGGAAGAUCUGAACUUUGACCUCGACCGAGGUGUUUUUCCCAUGGUUAUCCAGGCUGUGGUUGAUGAAGGUGAUGAUUGUCUUGGACAUGCUCAUGUGCUUUUGGCAGCCUUUGAGAGACAUGUUGAUGGCAGUUUCUCCGUCAAGCCCCUGAAGCAGAAGCAAAUCGUGGAUCGUGUGAGCUACUUGUUGCAGGAGAUCUAUGGGAUUGAGAACAAAAACAACCAAGAAACCAAGCCAUCAGAUGAUGAGAACAGCGAUAACAGUAAUGAGUGCGUUGUCUGUCUGUCUGACCUGCGUGACACACUCAUUCUGCCCUGCCGACAUCUGUGCCUCUGCAACUCGUGUGCAGACACUUUGCGUUACCAGGCCAACAACUGCCCAAUCUGCAGACUGCCCUUCAGAGCCUUGCUGCAGAUCAGAGCUGUGAGGAAAAAACCUGGAGCUCUUUCCCCUGUGUCCUUCAGCCCCGUUCUGGCUCAGACUAUGGACCACGACGAGCACUCAAGCUCGGACGCAGUUCCUCCAGGUUUUGAACCAAUCUCGCUGUUAGAAGCACUCAACGGCCUGCGGUCAGUGUCUCCUGCCAUCCCAUCUGCACCCCACUAUGAUGAAAUCAACUUUUCAGGGGGCCUGGGAGGGGAAAGCAGACAACUGGGCUCCCCAGAACAUUUAAGUGAUGGUGGCCUGCAGAAAGGCAAAGUCAGCAAGUCUCCUGACAGCACCCUGAGGUCUCCAUCCUCUCCCAUCCAGGAAGAGGAUGAGGAGAAGCUUUCUGAGAUGUCCGACGCUCAGCCGCACACACUGCUGUCCAGCAGUCCUGCCCCCACAGAGGCCACAGGAACAGAGGAUGUUGCAGAGUCCCUGUCUCCAGAUGACGAGGACCGGCUGCAUUCUGGAGGGGAGAUCCUUCAGGACUGCAGCAGUGAACACAGCAGCUUGACCAAAACAGAGAGCGACCCACCGGGUGACUUGUCUCUGCCAGCUCUAGGUCCUGACUCCUGCUCUAUUGGUAUGGAGGAAUAACUGUGGGUCAUCAGAGUCAACAGAAAGCCUGAAGAGUCAGAGCACCAACUGCUCCAGCCAGCCUCUCCUCUGUCCCCCGAGCAGCCUUCACAUGGAAGAUGAGCACCUCAGCCCUUGACUCCAGUUCAGCCUCCUGUCCCAUCCCAUCCACCCUCACAGAUUUAAGCUCCACCAUAUCCCAGUCCCUCUACUCCGGUUACCCUCCAAUUCAGUCCUCUGCUUUUGUCAUCGGCACCAGUGAUGCUGCAGAAAGGAAAUUCACAAGGACAAGGGAGGACUCUGUAUUUAUUCCACCGAAGUCUCUGACAUGUGAAAGAAAUUCGAUGACUCCUGCAUAGACACUGUUUUUACCUUAUUCUAUGCCUGAUGUGUAAAAAAUGAAACCGUUAUUCCUGGUCUAGCAAGCAUUUCAUUGACUGUCAGAUGGUGUGCAGUUGUGUGUCUUGGCUGGAGUUUGUGGUCUAGUAAUGUGGAUUCCAGACAUGUGUCACUACCUGCUACGGUGGUGCUUUCAAGCACACUUACUUUAACUUAACUAUUGCUUGACACUAAAUUUAGAAGAAUUUAUAAAUACCAUUUGUGUUUCAAUAUUGUAUUCACCUAUGUAAUACAUUAAUAACUGUAGAGCUUUUUUUUUUCAGUCAGCUUGAUUUGAACUAUAAAUGGGAAUUUGAAAGCAUACUAGUUAUGUACUAUGUCCAUUUCAACUGAUUUCACACUGCUGAAAUCUUUUAUAAUCCAUUCCCUAUUUUGAGAGUUUAUGAAACUGUUAGUUUAAGUUGUCUGAAGUCUUACACACCCACAGUACAUGUAAUUUUUUAUUAUUAUUGUUAUUAUUUUGAACAAUGUGAUAUCUAUGUAUCAUAACUGUACUAGAAUCCAGUGUUGCUACUUGCAAAAUUGUAUACUUGCAUAUUAUAUAGAAGAAAAAAAAUCCCGGUAUUGAAGUAAUGGAAAUAGAUUCAACUACACGCACAUUAUGUGAGACCUUGAUAAUCGAUAUAAGAGCUACAGUUUCUCAUCCUAACAGCUGAACUCAAAGAUGGCUAAAGCCUGCAACAAGCACAUACGCUACAGCUACAUGUAUGCUGACUCAGUAUGGCACAAUAAGUGUGCUUGUAGUAGAUGUGGCAAGUCUCUGUACAGUCUUGUGGCAAUGCCAGCGUCUGCUUAUGUGUUGUAGCUGCAAGGUGGGGUCAAGCCUUCGUCUGGCUGUGAUGCCUUACUUACCUUGGUCCUGUAUGUGUAGCGCCAUGCAUAUAGAUCUAUGUGCCUUGAAUUGCUAUGGCUGCUUGUUGCAUUGGGCAUUAGUGUUCUUAUAAACGCUCGAGUACACACCAUUUUCAGCCUGUAGACAGAGUUUUUGAUGCUGUGGUACAGAGCCCUCUUUUCUAUUGCAAACUCCAUGCUACUGCAAAAUAUAUCUUGUUAUUCUUAUUAUUAUUGAGUAAUGUGUUCAUUUACUAUUUUAUGUCCACGUAUCAAUUAUGCAUUUAAUCUCAGAAGUACUUAGGUUAAAGUGGAUUCUCUUAAUGUAUGUUUGAUUGGAAAGAACACAUAUCCAAUGCAAUAAAUGCAAACAUUGCAUUUUAAUCAUUGGGCUAGCUUUUGCAUGUGACUUUGUACAGAGGCUUAAACCUCUCAAUGUUUUAAAGUUAAUGUGGUUAUGUUGUCUUUCUCCCCCUUCCUCUUAUGUGCCAUUUCAACUUGACACUGUGCCUUCCUGUUCCUGUUCUGACCACUAUUGACCUGGUAUCCAGGAUAACACCACAGUAGGUGGUUUGUGGCUCUGUAAAAUCGAUACCCGUCUUUCCUUGUGUGCAUAGCAGCAUGUGUAUAACAAUAAAGAAUAAAGGUUCAGUACUUUGA